CUCUUGCCCAUUGAAAUGCAAGCAGUGUUAAACUGCACUUGGCACGGGAUUGUUUUCGGCCGUCUGGGAAAUCCGAGGUUUAGCAAUACGAGUGUUUGUCAAUACGCGAAUCGAAAAAUGUCGUCGUUGCGGACGCAAUCGACCGCCGGCGGCGUGGUCGGUCUGAGCAGUAUCGGCUCGGAUCGCACCGGGGCAAUUUCGACCGCCGGUGGUUCUCAUUCCCACUCGCACGGGAAGCACCAUCAUCGUCACAGGAGCAGGAGCGCGCCUAGGGCGCAGGAGAAACCGCCGAAGAAGCGUCAUCUUAAUACGGGGCACAGGCUCGCCUCCAUCCCCAGCCAGAUUAAACUGUCGAUGCUGAACAGCGGUCUCAUCUCGUUCGCCACGGAUAAACUUGGUAGCAGCAUGGGCACCACUCUGCCGUCCGCGCCCACUGAGCUUUCCCAGUUCCCUAAGCUGUGCGAGCGGCGCCGGAAGUUUCCGGUCCUCUACCGCCUCGAGUUCCAGAUAGCAACCAAGGUGGAAACACACGCGUGCAGACACGCCACGAAGCCAGCCAACAAAGAGAAAAAUCAAAACCAACGGUGUAUUCCAUAUGACUACAACAGAGUGGUUUUGGACACGAUAGAGGGUGCAGCCGACUCCGAUUACGUUAAUGCAUCUUACGUCGAUAGUAUAUUGCAACCGAACGCGUACAUCGUCACUCAGGGACCCACGGAGAACACUGUCACGGAAUUCUGGCGGAUGGUCUGGCAGGAGAAGGCUUGCUGCAUCGUUAUGCUCACGAAAACUUUCGAGUUCGUCCGGGUGAUGUGCGUCCAAUAUUGGCCAGCCAGUAAAGACAAGGACGAGGAGUACGGCGGGAUCGGAGUGUCGGUGCUGAAGGAGGAGGAGCUCGCCAAUUUUCACAUACGGACGAUAAGGCUUUACAAGAAGAAUGAGAAGGACGAAAUAACGGAGGAGAGGACAUUGUUGCAAUUCCAUUACACAGAAUGGUACUCGCACACGUGUCCGUUCGGCAACGCGGUUCUGGAAUUCCGUCGGCGAGUCAGAGCUGUCGUCGGCCCCAUGAGGAAAAAUGAUUCCGGCCCCAUGGUCGUCCAUUGCAACGAUGGCGGCGGACGGUCGGGAGUGUACUUGGCGAUAGACGCGAACAUGGAGCUGGCCGAGGAGGAACACGCUUUCGAUGUCUUCGGGUAUUUGAAAAAGUUGCGGCAAAGUAGACGAGGACUGAUCGAUGACUUGGAACAGUACAAGUUCGUGUACGACACGUUAGAGGAAUUCGUGAUCUGCGGCACGUCCUGGUUCCCGGUGUCGGAGCUGUCCCAACGUCUCAAGCAGAAGAGCGUAAAAAAUCCAAUAACCAAGAUGAACGACUAUCAGCGGGAAUAUCAGCAAAUUUGUAAGCAAACGCCGCGCUUUACGAUCGGCGAUUGCGCCGGCGGCCACAGGGGCGACAACAGGGAGAAGAACAGAGACGUCCUGGUAGUGCCGCCUGACAACUUCCGACCAUACCUCACCAGUUUCCAGGGUAACAGUUACACUGACUAUAUAAAUGCUGUCUUCGUGGACGGCUACACGAAGCCAAAGGAGUACAUCGUAACGGAAUGGCCGCUUCGACACACGUGCGGGGAUUUCUGGUCCCUGGUUUACGACUGCGAGUGUGCAGCCGUAGUGGUGCUGUGCGUGCCACCCCCGGGAUCCACGAAUUUCCCGAGUUUCUGGCCCGAGGGGAAACACUCGAAGAAAUACGGUCCCGUAUUCACCAUUGAUCACAUCAGCCACAAUCACUAUACGAACAUCAAGACCUGGAUCUUCAGCAUAAAUAAGAAGAUCGUAUCGCUGACAGAGGUUAUGCUAGGCGUUAAAGCCCCGCCGAAGACGGUGCAGCUGUUCCAGCUGACUUGCUGGCCAAUGGGUCACAAAGUUCCGACGUCGACGAAUAGUCUGGUGGAGCUGAUGAAUAUGGUCGAGAGAUGGAGACAACGAACGGAUUACGGUCCCGUGGCAGUGGUUUCGCCGGAUGGCAGGAGCCGUUGCGGCGUUUAUUGUGCCGCGAACGCCUGCAUAGAACAGGUGAUCCAGCACGGCGAAGUGGAUAUCUUCCAAGCAGUUAAAACUGUGCGCAGGAACAGGCCUCAAUUAGUCGAGAAUAUGACCGAGUACAAGUACUGCUACGACCUGGUGCUCCACUACGUGCUACACUAUCUGAACAAAGACAUGAACGAGAAGAAGUGAGAAAGCGAGUUGAGGGACGAGCUGUGGUUCAUCGAGUUCGGUCGGGGCGCGGCGCUGCCGUUGAC